AUGGGCGGCGCUCGCUGGGUCCGGUUCCGACGGACGGCGCCGGGUCCGACGGGCGGUGCUGGGUUCGGUUCGGACUGGCCGCGCCGCGUCGGAUGGGAGGUGCUAGGUUCGGUUCGGACGGGCGGUGCCGGAUCCAAAUGGGCGGCGCCGGGUCCGACGGGCGGUGCUGGGUUCGCCGACUAGCGGCGCUGGAUCCCGGUGGUCGCCGCUGGGUCCGGACGGGCCGUGCCGGGUUCGGUUCGGACCGGCGGCGCCCGGUGCAGAGGGGCGGCGCGAGCCCGGCCGGGGACAGGUGGGCGUGGCGGCCCAGGUGCGCGGCCCAGGCGGGUGCGGCCCCCUCUCCUGCCCGCGCCGCGCCCCGGGGCUGCUGCGCGUUUUUCCUCCAGGGGGACUCCGGGGUCGCUUGGAAGCCGACCUUUUCAAGCCGUUUUCCUCGUCGGACGAAACGUUAUCAGGCCGUGCGUACGUUUCGAGGGUCCUGUUUUCUGA